AAUGAAAUAAAGACCAAGACAGAUCGAUGCAUCAAAACCAGUACUCACCAUAAGUACUUUAGAAGCAUUCAACAAUGCUGAAGGACAAGAGGCAGAAAUAAAAAAUACAGAAUAAAUCAUUACUCCAGAUUAACUAAUAAAAGAAAAGUAUAUUGCUCAUAUCUAUUUAAUUACAAAAAGAGGAGUCUAAGAGAGAUGAAUUCACUUUUCUCAAAUGUGAAAUCUCUUUCUUAUACCUUCAUACAUGCCUUAUUUAUUUUUAUAUUAUACUCAUUAUUAUUUAGACCUAAAUAAUUUGAAGAGCCCACACUCAAAUCAUAAUUACCUACAAGAUGUCGUGAGGAUUACAUUUUAUAUAAGGCACCUGUUUAUCCAGAUGCCACUACUUAUGAAUUAACUGAAGAGGAUGUACAUUUCCUUUAAACAAUCAAUGAAAAGCUACAAAUUCCUAUUACCAUUGAAGAUUUUGAAUUGUAUCUAGCAUUACUUGAUGCUAAAAGUGGGAAAGAUGUAGAAAUAGAUUUUAGUGAAUUUCUUAAAUUGAAACCUACUUUGCCAAGAACAAUAAAUCAACAAACAAUUAACCUUUAAGAAUUAUUAUAUAACUAUUUUAAGAAGCAAAGAUAGCACUUUUCACGUUCACUUACAAGAUUCUUAAUGCAUCCAUAUUAUGAGGAUAGUAAUCCUCAUUUAGCAUUUCGUCCUAGGACAUAACCUAUGGAUAGAACAAUGAAAUUAAGAAGAGGCAAUCCUUAAAAUACUAGAGGAGUUAAUGAAAUGGAAAAUUUAGGUUAGAAAAUAGUAUUGUUGAAAAAAGAUCUUUUGGUGGUUUCAAAUAUUAUAGAUUAAAGUAUAUAGAGAGAAAAAGCUAUGGAAAUAGAAAGGAGAUUUAAUUUUUGUAAAUUUAUUAAAGAAUUCUUGGAUUAAUCUAAAAAAGAAAAAGAUAAUAAUUCAGAAAUUAGAGUAUGGCCUAAAGAUUGUUUUGUUAGGGAUUCUUAAGAUAGAUGUUCAAUUAAUAUUGUAGAUAGGGCUGAUGAAAUGUUUGACAAUAUUUCAAAAGAAAUUCUUUAAUGGAGAGAAUUGAAUGAAUAAUAAAGAAAAGAAAAAUUAAGAAAAGAGGAUUAGAUUCUCAAAUUUGAAAAAUAAAUUGAAGAUCUCAUUUUAGAAAAACUCAAAUUUGAAGAAAAACCACCUGUAAUUAUACCCCCUGUAAUACCGUAACCUAUUUAACCUUAAUAACCCUAAAUACCUGUAAUUCCUUAAGAACCACCAGAUGAAAAAAUGGAAAGUGUAGCCAGAUUUUUAGCAACUUUGUAUUUAGAAGCUAGAAAAUAUCAAUUAACUUUUGAUUAAGUGUUAUCAGAUUCUUUUCCCAUCUAUAAGAUUUAGAAUCCUUAACAAUAAGUUAAUUCUAAAAGCAUAUUCCCUUUUUCUUUAAUGUAAAUUGAGGGAAACGACAUUGUUUAUAAAGUAAGAAAGGAUAGUAGUUUAGAAAGAAAGACUAAUGCUUAUUGGGAGAGCUAUUAAGAUUAACAAAUUACAAAUACAUUAUAUUAUUAACAUGAAUAUUUUAAAGAGAAAAUAAAUGAUAUUAUGGAGAUGGCAGAUAUGGAUUAAAUGGUUUAUGUUCAAGGAGGGGAUGAUGAUAAAUUAGAUGAAGAAGAAAAAUUGUUUAAAAAAAAAGUAAAGAGCAGUUCAUCUAGAUUGACAGGUAUAAAUGGUGGUCAAUUAAAAUGA